AUGUCCAACAUCGCCUCCCCGCUGCACGCCCUCGGCCCAUACAACUACUCGUACCUCCUCCUGAUCGCGACCUUCCUGCAGACCAACAUCGCCUCUCCAAAGGGCGCCAUCAUCCGUCUAGGGAAAUACGACAAUGCCAACCCCCGUACCGACCUUGACAAGAUUGAAAAGGACGGGAAAGUGUCGCCGAACUUGAUUGCCAAGCUGCGGAGACGGGAAGCGGCGCACCAGAAUUGUUAUGAUAAUUUGGGGAUCUUUGCGGCCGCUGUGGUGGCUGGCAAUGCGGCCGGCUUGGGGUCGAGAUUCAUGAACACCAUGGCAGGGGCAUACCUCGCUAUCCGAUGCGUCUACAUCUACGCCUAUAUCAACACGACCGGCAAGCAGGCCUCUUACGUCCGAAGUGGCUGCUGGUGGGGUUCAAACUUCUGCUUCCUCACCACACUGUGGAAAGUCACCACAGCCGUCAAUGGCGGGCGGAGCCUUCUUGGAUAG